AUGGCCACCCGGAACAUUACGCGCUAUUUCCCUCGCGUGUGGCAGGAGGAGGACGACUCGCCUUCUUGGGAACACCAGCAUGAACGCAACAUGAUCAUUCUCGUUGUGGUUGCAAUCAUCGUCUUUGCAGUCACACAUUUCACCACCUACUGCGUGGAGCGCCUGCUACUGCUAAACUUCCCUUCACCUUCCAGAAAAUGGUGCUUCACCAGCGCGACAGAGAAAUAUACCAAGCUGCAACGUGCUCAACAUCUGAUUAUCAAAAUCGCUGCCGGCGUUGCUCUGGUCUGUCGCUGGCCCCUCGGAAUUUUCGUUUCCUUUCACCUCUGGCAGACGGUAACUUUGGUUGGGGCUGUGCUGUCCAUCACAGAAUUAGCCUUGACCGCCCUGUUGGGCCUGGCCGUCGGCUUCAUAAGAGUUGCGCAUCACUUCGCACUGAUCACUGGUUGGGAGCAUMCUGACUCUACCUCGAAAGCUUUCUCUCCGAACGACUACUCGAAAAAGCACCGACAAUUCGUCAGUCCUCCGGUGGUGGCGCAUGGCCCAAAUCCAGCGUGGUCCAGCGACAACAACAGUAGCAUCUCCAAGAGUCGCAACGGGGCGACAUCUGACUCGCGUUCGAGUUCGAGUUCGAGUUCCGAUUCCAUCAGCUUUGAUGAAACCAGAUCCACAAUCAAGGGCAAGGGCAAGGACAACGCCAAAUCUACCAACGCUUGCUUCGGCAAUAACAUAGAUGCCACGCGCACCGGCACGGCCACCACUGCAACCAACCUGAUCGAUGCCAACGAGUCGUCAUUCAUGGGCUUCAGCCCAAUGGCACUGACCCGCUCGACCUGGCUGAAAACACGCAUCUUCGCCAACUCGGUCUUCAGCAACUCUACCACGAGCACCAGCAGUCGCGACUCAUUUGGUGGGCCUUCUGCUAGGCGUAGCGGCUCUUUGAAACAUGUUCAGGAUGCGUCCGACCAGGACGCGGCCAAGAUGCCGGAUCUCUUGACAGGAACGCCUAGAUGA